AUGGACUGGAUCCUAAACAUCUUCAACUUCCGCCGCAACACCCACCUCCAGCGCCUAAUUCCCCGAGAAUGCGACGGCCUCAUGCGAGCUCCGCGCCCGACCAACCCACAACUCUCCCAACCAUCUCCACUCCGCCACGUCGAACUCAUCGAACCCGCCCCGCUCUCUCCACCCCUCCCGCCUCCACCCAACUCACACCCUACCCCAUCACCGCCGCUGCUGACAAUCCUCCCCCUCAUCGCCCGCCUGCCACUCUCACCAGUAGUCUCACGACCAGACAUCUACCACUUCUCACAUUCCACCACCACCACCUCCUUCUCCUCCUCCUCACCAUCAUCCUCACCACCACCACAGUACACCCCGCCGCCCGCCUACACACCCACCACCGCUUCGGACCCCCUCUACCCAGGCGUUUCCACCGCGCCCUCCGAUCCACCACCCGGCUAUUCCACCACCACCACCUCGUCCGCCGCCCUGGCCUCUCUCCGCGCCGCCCUCAUCCAGCUGGACACGGCCAUCUACCUGCACCACGUAGCCAGCACGGGCAGGGACGACGACAUGGCGCCGACGAGCCAGCGGGCGGAUGGAGCCGCAGCUGCAGCAGCCGUCGACGGGACUAUCACUGCCAUAGAUGGACAGGAGCAGCAGCUCCAUCACGUCGGCCGGACGGUCCGUUCAGGGGGCAGUAGUAGUAGGAGUAGUAUCAGCUCGGACGAGAGCGGCGGCAGCAGUAGCAGCAGCAGUGCCGCCGAGCUGAUCGACUUGCUGCCCUUCCUGCUCGAAGUUGUGUGGACGGAGGUGCACGCGCUUGCGGGGGAAGGCUUUGUUUGA